CUAUGUGACGGUCAUAUUCUGCAUUGCAAAGAAUUGACUCAUCUUGACAGGAUUGCUUCUUGAACAGGAUUUGAAAGCUGUCAGACUCAGGGCAAAGGAAGGAGACAAACUAUCACUCAAGAGAUUAUCGUAAGGAUACCUUGGUUUGUCCUUGUUUAUCAUGGCUUGUUUUGCUGCUGCCCUCCUCCUUCUUCUAUCGGGAUUUAUCAACCUCAUGGCUGCAAAUAAAGACUCCUGUGAUCUCUAUGCUGCUGUCGGACAGAGCAUGAGUCUACCUUUCAUCUACGAGGGACUGACGUCCUCCCAUGUGCUGAGAUGGACUCAUAACGACAGCAUCAUUUUCUACAGACAGCAGGGCAGAGUCUCUGUCGGAAAAUCAGGAGACAUCACUCCAACUGGAUCUCUUAUUCUGAAAAACCUGCAACCCUUGAGUGCUGGUUCGUAUCAAGCCAAUGUCCUGUACCCCAAUGCUACAAGUGCUAAAACAUGGGCCAGUCGUCUCUGUAUAAUGGACGAAGUAUCAAAACCUAAACUCACCUACAGCUGCGACUUCAAGUCAAGUGCUGUUAAUCUAAACUGUGAGGUGGUCAAAGCUCAGGGUCUGGUGUUCUCGUGGACACUUGAUGAGAAGACUUUAACAAGCGAAACAAGACAGACAUUAAGCAUUUCUCUGGCACAGCUGAAAGGAGAGCGGCGCUUCACUUGUAGCGUGAAAAACAAAGUCAGCAUAGAGAAGAGCGUGAUUGUCCGUCCAACCUGUAAAGCGCCGCCACCAUCACCUCCAACUUUGCUAUGUUUCAAAUCCAGCAUUGUCAUGACCGUGUUUGCUGCAGGAGUAGGUCUCAUUCUGCUUCUGCUCAUCAUUGUUGUCAUAUUAUGCUGCCGCAACAAACACAACAAAACACAAAUGAGAGCCGGGGGUAGAGGUGAGCUAAGGAUGCUUUCUCUCAACAAACAAGAGAUGGACUCAGACGCCCCAGAUUACGAGACCAUGCACCCAUCUGAGGACUCUCCACCCGCGACUCCAGAGCCUUCAGCCAGAGACUAUUAUAAGAAUGUUUCUCAGCCUGAAGCUGAAACUGAAAACAGUCCUCCACAGCUGUCCUCUGCUGCUGAGGGACAACGACCUUCACCAGUGCCAAAGCCGAGGACGAGGAGCCCCCCGACGCAAAACAUCUGAAUGUGCUACAACACCAACCUGACCGUGGGAAGUAAGAGACAUGUUUCAGUUUAACGCCCUGCAACGAAGAAAACAGCACAAGAAAAUGUAUUUUUUUGUCUUUACAUUCACAUAAAAAUAUUGCUGUACACAUUUGACAAUUUAGUCAAUUUUAUUUUCUAUAAUUUAUGGACAUCAUCAUGAUGGGCUGUCGGCCUGUAUGUGAGAACCUUAGGCAGCAAAAUCUUAAUUUUCUUACCAGCUUUAAAUGUGAUUUCUUCACUCAUAUAUAUAUUUUUAAAUGUUGUUGCUAAUGUUAAUUACUGCUGGGGAUUUAGGGUUGAUAGGGAGUUUGAAGAAAUCAUUUUCUGAUCCCUGUUACACAUUAUGAUAUAAGAAAUUGUGCUGGGUUUUAAUAUGAAUGUUUUUUUUUAAUUUGUCAGUGUUUGAAAUACUGCUUUAUGAGUUCUUCUUGAUAUGUAGAUUCUGAUAUGCAUUCUAUAAGUAUAACAAUUUCCAGACAAGGAAAGACACUUCAUAAAUGUAUGAAUUAAUCGAUUUCAUAGAGUAAAGCAAAAGACUUGUGGUAUCAUAGAGCUGUAUCCAAUAAUUACUUCAUUAUCGAUCCAUCUGCUUUAUCUUGUAUUGGUUAAACAUUUAGUGCAUUUAAAGCUACAUAAUUAUUUAGAGCACCUGUGCACAGCAGUUCAAAUUGAGCUUGUUUGAAUCUGUAAUUUAUUAUGAAUUGGUUGGGGAAUGAUUUCAGAAACAAAUUGUUACAAAUUUGGUGCUCUGGGAAUUUUUCAGCAGCAACAGGAUUGUGCACAUGAGAGAUCGAGCACACGGUCAUGGUGAAGAAGAAACAUGUCAUCCAGUUUGAUGCAGUGACUCAUCAAUUUAUUUGCAAGAGUUUGAAGAUGCUUGGAAUUUUUUUCAGACUGAACACACAAACAAUAAAUGCUCGAAUGUA